AUGACUCAACAACCUGCACAAAAUGUCAUGCGAAGGAAAUUAGUUAUAAUUGGAGAUGGUGCUUGCGGUAAAACAUCUCUGCUCAGCGUGUUCACACUUGGAUAUUUCCCGACACAUUAUGUACCGACGGUUUUCGAAAAUUAUGUGACGGAUUGCAGAGUAGAUGGGAAAUCUGUACAGUUGGCAUUAUGGGAUACAGCAGGACAAGAAGACUACGAGAGAUUACGGCCACUGGCAUAUUCGAAAGCCCAUGUUAUUCUAAUAGGAUUUUCAAUCGACACUCCGGAUUCAUUGGAUAACGUCAAGCAUAAGUGGGUCGAAGAAGCAAACGAGCGAUGUCCGGGAGUUCCGAUUAUACUUGUUGGGUUAAAAAAGGACUUACGAGAAGAUCCUGUGGCCAGAGAAGAAAUGCGGAAGAAAUCCCUAGAAUUUGUGGGAACGAAAGAAGCAGAUGACAUUGCAAAAGCUAUCGGCGCAAGGAAAUAUCUGGAGUGCUCAUCGUUGACUGGCGACGGAGUGGACGAUGUUUUCGAAGCCGCUACCCGAGCCGCACUUUUGACAUUCGAAAAAGGGGAAAGCAACGGAUGUUGUGUUAUACUAUGA